UCAGACUUCAGUACAGCCUGCAAAUCUCAGGCGUAGGAGCACGAAAGCGCUUCAGAAGUUGAAAGAACUGAUCUGCGAAGGAGCGCCAUUGUACCAGCCAAGGUACAGGGCAAGGGUCCGGAGGAGGGGCUUGAUUCUGGUUGCUGAUUUAGUGCCUUUUAUAGCAUCUCAGGGUCACGUCUGCAGGUGUGCUCGUGACGAACAGAAAGCUGGUCCGAGUACGAUUUUGUAGUGCAGGAGCGGUUCAGAUUCAGAGUGAGCUCUGUGUAACACCGGCCCGUCCACAAACAAGCGGCUGAGGUCUAUCAGGAUGGGGUUCAGCAGGAAGGCACCGUUUGACCAGACUCCACCGGAUGACUUUGAUCCAGAGCACCCUCGGAAAGACCCCGUCGCUUUCUAUGAGCAGCGUGACUACCAGGUCAGGGAAAAGUUUGUGGAGGUUGAGGCGGCAAAGGAGCUCCGGCGGAAGCUGAAAAAAUGCUACCAGAAGGAGGGCGUGAACCACCUGCAAAACUGCAGGGAUUUGAGGCUGCGGUACAUUGAGGCGAUUAAAGCCGGGAGCUGGGGGAACCGACUUCAUGAGCUUCAGUUUCCAAUGCGCUGUCUGAAAGCUUCAUUCAGUCGCUGGAUCAGAAGCCUCGCCACCUCGUAG